CUGUCCCUUCCUCUCCAUCUUCGGAAAUCCAUAAAUCCAUGACCGUGGUACGUACAUGCCAUCUCCGCCACCCUGAUCCUACUUCUCUCCCCUAGCUGUGCUGCUUCACCACUGUUUCGGUAGCAGUACAGCGGGUUUGCGGGUAGCAGUAUAGCUCCCUCGGUGCGUGCAUCGCAGCAUGCGCUUGGCGAGCCUCCAAGUGACAUCUGCGUGCAGAUGCCUUGCUGUUGUCGCCGUCGGCGUCCUGUGGUGGUGUCAGCAGCCGGUUGAAGCCAGCCUGGGGGUGGGAUGGAAGACACUACGCGCGAACUGGUUAUUUAAGCACGAGUCGUUCGAGCCGUUUCUGUCGGCGGCAUCGUUCCUGUUCUUCAUUGGAUUGUGGGGGUUCUUGGACUUCUUCGUACCCUCGGCAAGCAAGCACCGCACAUUUUUAUCGGACGAUUUGUCGUCGUGGUUCGGUGGCACCCGUAUCAGAGACCAGGCCUUGUGGUAUAUCGCACCACUGGUGAUAUUUGAUCUAAUCUUUCCCCGGCGACAACUCCCCGAGUCAGCCCCCUCCUUGGGGAGGCUUGUCCUCGAGGUGGUGGCCGCCAUAGCAGUCUACGACGCCGCUUUCUUUGCCUGGCACGCCAGCCUGCAUAGCAACCCGGCCCUUUACCGUCGAGUGCACGCGAAGCACCACAAGUGUCACGUUCAGCGGGCUCCCGAGGUUGGAAGACUUAUUUAUGACUGCCGUCCGCCACACGUUCAUCGACGGGUCCAUGGACGUGGCCUGCUCCAUUUUCGCGCUUAA